UUCAGUUAUACAUUUUGGCCCACUCUGUAUUUGAGUUUGACACCCCUGUUUUAGACUCACAAGUGAGCGUCUAGUCACGUACGCUUGGUAAAAAUGGGUCAGUAGUUUGAAAAAAAAAAUGCAGCGGAAAUACAUUUUUCGCAUUUCAGCCUAACACCAUUGUUUCUUACUUGCAAACCUCCUCGAGACUUAGUGGAAAGACGAUCACAACGAUGGCGGAGCUGACUGCACUUGUGCUUCUCGGCGCAUUGGUUCUGAGUCAAUCCUACGUUCCGAUAACACUGAGCCUGGUGGAAGUUGGCGUUAACGUCACUUUGGCAUGCCCACGCUACGACGAAAGAGGUGACAUAUUUUACUGGUACAAGAUGAAAUUCGGCUCAAUGGUUCAAACCAUUGUUGAGGGGUAUUUCGGGGAAAUGUCCCUUCGAGAACCGUUCAAGGACGGAAGAUUUGUGAGCGCGCGUACGGGUGACAUGUACGUUUUAAACAUCACAAACGUAUACAAAGACGAUGAAGCGAUGUACACCUGCCAAGCUGGGAGCUCAUACAACAUGGUGUUCACCGGUGGCACGCAUCUGGUGGUGAAAGACCCCAGACGCAAGUCCUUCCAGGUGAGACAAAUUCCGCAAAGCAAGUCGGUCAAAGGGGGCGAGUCUGUGACCAUCCAGUGUUCCGUCCUCGCUGAGAGCAAAGAAUAUUUCCGCCAAUGUCCGAACCAAAGCAGCGUCUACUGGUUGAAGUCAGGAUCGGGAGAGUCUGAUCCACACAUCAUUUACUCCGACAGUGAUGAUGAACAAGACCCAAGAAGCUGCGUCUAUCACCUCUCUCUGACCGUACUCAACUCCUCUGACACCGGAACAUACUACUGUGCCGUAGCCACGUGUGGACAGAUCCUGUUCGGACAAGGAACUCAUGUGGACUCACAACAAGACGUGAAAGCAGCUGCCGUUUUACUGAGUGCUCUGCUGGCCUCCUUCACUGUUGUGGUCACUGUUUUAGUUGCUUAACUUGUAUUUUAUUUUUACCAACAGUAGUAUUUUUUUUAUAAUUUCAUACACAUAAUUCUGUAACGGAACGUUUGCUUUUUUUUUCCCAAGAUGACGCUGCUGUCGUGGCUGCUGGUGGCAGGAGCUCAUCCUUUUGUGUUCCUGAACUGUUUUUAACUUUUAAACUGUUUUUAUCUAACAAACUGUUCUUAGGGUAAUUUAUAUUUGCUUUUUAAAUGUGUAUUUUUAUUUCUGAUUUAAAUGUUAUUUUUUAGUCUGUCCUUUGCCUCUAUUUCUUUGUGGUGUACAUCCCUUUGUUUUUCAACUGUGCUUGUUUUUAAAGGGCUUUAUAAAUAAAGUUGGUAUGGUAUAGUAUGGUA